AUGGCACUCAGUAUGAAGAAGAUCAAACUGCUUCAUUUUCUCACCUUUGUUCUCCAUCUAUGGCUUGAGCUCACAUGCAGCUGCAUAGAAACAGAGAAGCAAGCUCUCCUCAAGUUCAAAAACAGCCUCAAAGAUCCUGGAAAGCUUCUAUCUUCCUGGACUGGUGAUGACUGUUGUUCAUGGAAAGGUCUGGCAUGCAACAACCAAACAGGCAAUAUUAUCUCACUGGACAUUAGCUAUGGUCAUAUUCAUUCUGGUCCUAACAAUGAAUGGCAAUUGGGUGGAAAAAUUGAUGCUUCUUUGGUUGAGCUGAAGCACUUGAGCUACUUGGACUUGAGUUCCAAUGAUUUUGGAGGUUCCCAGAUCCCAGAUUUCAUUGGUUCAAUCACUACUCUGAGUUAUCUCAACUUGUCCAAUGCCGGAUUCCACGGAGAGAUUCCUUCUCAGCUUGGGAACCUUACAAACUUGAGGUGGUGUCCAUUGGAUGUCUUCUCUUUCUGGUUUGCAAGAACUCCUGCUUCUUUACCUUCUGUUAGUAAUUUCACAUCUCUUGCAACUAUUGUUCUUGAUGGCAAUCAAAUCAAUGCCACUUUUCCUUCUUGGAUUUUCAAUAUCAGCAGUCUUAAAAAUGUUUAUCUUCGCUUCAAUAGUUUUCAUGGUGUGAUUCCUGAUACUUUUGAACAACUGGUAUCUCUUGAGGCACUUGAGCUUGGAGGGAAUUCUUUUUCUGGGAUUAUUCCUGGAAGCAUGAGAAGUCUUUGCAGUUUGCACACUCUAGGCCUCUUUACAAAUAAGAUUGAAGGUGAGACAACCGCACUAGCAGAAAUCCUCUCUGGGUGCGUCAGUGAGAGCAUUCAGGUGCUGAACUUGAGAGGUAAUAAAUUUAGAGGUGAUUUAUCAGAUUGGAUAGGAACACUGAGAAGAAUAACUAUGAUUGAUUUGAGCAAGAACUUGCUCUAUGGCUCAAUUCCUGCUGCACUGGGGAAGCUCUCAACACUCACAUACCUUUAUCUCAAUCACAAUGAAUUCAACGGUUCUCUUCCAGAAAGCAUUAGGGAACUAUCUCAGCUGCAAGUGUUUGACAUGUCUUUCAAUCAGAUUGAAGGUGUUGUCUCUGAAGCUCAUUUUGCCAACCUCACAAGCUUGAAACAAUUGAGCAUGGCUUCAAACUCUCUGACAUUGAAUAUGAGCUCUGAAUGGAUUCCUCCAUUUAAGCUAGAAGUUUUCAGUUUUAGGUCUUGCAUGUUAGGACCUAAGUUUCCUGCAUGGCUGAGAACACAGAGAAACUACUCACUCAUGGACUUGUCAAGCACUGGAAUUUCCGACACUAUGCCUGACUGGUUUUGGACACUUACUGGUCAUAUUGUCAUUUUGGACCUCUCGGAUAACUUGAUCACUGGCAUUGUCCCAUCUUCCUUGAAGUUUAUCAUCAUUAAUGUCAUAAAUCUGAGUUCCAAUAGAUUCUAUGGUGCAUUGCCUCCCUUUUCUUCCAAUAUUGAAUACAUCGACUUCUCUAACAAUUUGUUUUCAGGUACUCUUCUCCCAAUCACCAGUGAAUAUUUACCACUUUUAGGUGAACUGCAUCUCUCCAAUAAUCUCAUCAAUGGGACAAUUCUCGCAUCAAUUUGUAAUUUUGCUGGGAUGCAAGUUAUUGAUUUGUCUAGCAACAGACUCUUUGGUCAAGUUCCUGCAUGUUUUCCAGAUUUAGUGGCUCUCAUGGUGAUCAAUCUGGAAAACAAUAAUUUAUCUGGAGAAAUCCCUGACAAUUUGGAUUCUUUUAGUUUGCUUCAGGCAUUGCAUCUGGGAGACAACAGCAUCUCCGGGAGAAUACCGACAUCUUUAAGAGCUUGCAAGUCCUUGUUGAUCAUUGAUCUUGGAGGCAACAAACUGUCUGGUAACAUACCGUCAUGGAUUGGAGAAGCAUUGCCAUCACUGAGAAUUCUUCGGCUCCGGGCAAACAUGUUCGAAGGCCACAUUCCUGAAAAACUUUCUUAUCUAACCGCUCUUCAAAUUCUCGACCUCGGAGAUAACAACCUGUCAGGUACUAUACCUGAGAGCUUUGGCAAUUUCAGCGCAAUGGUGGAGAUUCAUAAGGAGCGAAAGAACAUAUUGGAUAGUGUUCUAGGAGCAGCUUUUAGCAGCAUUGGGAAUUAUGUUCCUUUGGGAUACACAGAGAGUUUGCAAGUCAUCACAAAAGGGAUGGAAAUGGAGUACACUAAGAAUCUUCAGUUUGUCACAAGCAUGGACUUAUCAGACAACCAAAUUUCUGGACACAUUCCGGCAGGACUUGGAAAACUUUCUGGAUUGCAGAGCUUGAAUUUAUCUGGCAAUCAUUUGUCAGGCAACAUCCCAGUUGACAUCGGGAAUCUUCGGUUUCUGGAAUCUCUUGAUUUGUCAAGAAAUGAGCUUUCAGGUGCAAUUCCUACAAGUAUGUCUGCCAUGACUUCUUUAAGCCACCUGAACCUUUCAUAUAACAACUUGUCCGGUAAAAUUCCAUCCGGUUAUCAGCUUCAAACUAUUAAUGAACAAUCCAUGUAUAUCGGCAAUGACAACCUCUGUGGCCCACCUUUGAAAGUAGAAUGCGACAGUGCCAAGAAUCAAACAGAAGAAGGCUCAAUGAUGUCUUGUGGUGAUGGCGAAGAGGAUUGUGAGUCUGAAAAGCUGUGGUGGUACAUUGGCAGUGUUCUUGGCUAUAUUGUGGGAUUUUGGGCAGUAUGUGGCACUUUGCUUUACAGUGAAUCUUUGAGGAAUGCCUAUUUUCACUUCCUUGAGAAACUUGGUGUGACGAUUGGAAUGAAACGUCGAAAUAAAAACGAUGACAGCAUUGAAGAACAUGAUCAGUGA